AUGCAAAGAUUCAUUACCUGUGUUUUGAUUCUUUCUUUCAUUUCACCUUGUAUAUGUAUAAGAUUGAAAUAUGUAACCGAAAAUAAUACUUAUAAUGUGAUGCAAUAUGGUGCAAUUGGCGAUGGCAAAUCUGAUGAUACACAAGCAUUUUCAAAAGCAUGGACUAGUGCCUGUAAUGCAGGAGGAAUGUCAACAUUAGUUAUACCAUCGGAGAAAUCAUUCUUGGUGACCAAAGUAAACUUUAGUGGACCUUGCGAUAGCACAAUUCUCAUUCAGAUUGAAGGGAAAAUAGUUGCACCUGGUAAAGAAGAGUGGACAUUUGAAUCACGUUGGAUUACUAUUGAACAUUUAAAUGGACUCAAAAUUGAUGGCAAUGGUCUAGGAGAAGUCGAUGGCAAUGGUUCUACUUGGUGGGAUUGCCCAAAAUGUGCUCGACCAGUGGUGUUUCAUUUUCAUUCAUGCAAUAAUCUUACUGUUAGUAACCUCACUAUCAGUAAUAGUCCAAAAGCUCAUGUAUCUGUUAAUAAGUGUAAUGGUGCAACAUUCUCUAAUAUAUCCAUUGAUUCUCCUGCUCAUAGUCCAAACACGGAUGGAUUUGACAUUUCUGCUUCUACUAAUAUCUCUAUACAAGAUUCCAACAUAAAAUCUGGUGAUGACUGUAUUGCCAUCAACGGUGGCUCAUAUUUUGUAAAUGUUAAUCGAGUUGUUUGUGGACCUGGCCAUGGAAUAAGUGUUGGUAGUCUUGGUAAAAAUAAUGCAACCGAACAAGUUUCUGAUAUUUAUGUACGGAAUUGCACUUUCACGGGAUCUACUAAUGGAGCAAGAAUCAAGACAGUUUUGGGUGGAUCGGGUUAUGCAAAAAAUAUUACAUAUGAACAAAUCAUCCUUGAAAAUGUUAAGAAUCCAAUAAUCAUAAAUCAAGAAUAUAAUAAUUAUUUGGAGGAAACAUCAUCUGUGUCGGUGAGUUACGUGACAUUUCGAGGAUUUAACGGAACUUAUGUUGGCAAAGUAGCUAUUAAUUUAGAUUGUAGUUCAUCUGGUUGUUUAGACAUUCUAUUGGAUCAAAACAACAUUUUACCUGCUGAAAAAGGAGGGGCUGCUUCUGUUAUUUGUAGAAAUGCUCAUGGAACAGCUAGAGAUACUAUUCCACAAGUCUAUUGUCUUUCUGAAUGA